AAAUAUGUGUAAUUAGUCAGACCUAUUAGUUUUAAACGAUUAUUACUAUGUUACAGCAUUCCUUACAAAUGCCUCAUCAUCAAUAAGCUUGCAUGCUUUAAGCGCCUCCUUUACUGAACUCAAUGCCCAUUUCUGUGUGAUUUUUAUUUUUUAAAGAUGGGACCACCAGGAUCGUUUCACAAAUCUUUUUGUGUCCCACCUCUGUCGCACGUUCGGUCUAAACAUUUGGAACCCCUCUUUUCACCUCCCUUCUAUCGACACACUCAAGACUGACACACGCAGCCCCCGUCAGGUUUGAUCACCCCCGCUGCUCGCCCACGUGGUAUCUCCCGAGAGCAAGCGGUCUCCUCCCCUCCAAGUCAGAUUUGUCACCACUCCAAGGAAAUGCACUGUACCUUCGAGUGGAGUAAAGAAAACUGUAGUUGCACUCUUCCAGCUCGACGCCCACAGAUACAUUCAGAAAAGCGAGAGGGCCUGUUUUGUCUUCACUGGAGGAGGUUGGCUAAUGAAUUUAGGCUGACAAGUCAUAACGAGAAUCCUUGGGAGAUCCUUUUGAAUCCUCCUCCCUCCUCCUCCCCAAUGUUUCAGUGGUUGGGGCCAUGGCCUCUCAGUCAGGCAACAUGAACCGUGAGGACCGGAAUGUGCUCCGAAUGAAAGAAAGAGAAAGGAGAAAUCAAGAAAUCCAGCAGGGAGGAGGAGGAGGAGAGGCCUUUCCAGCAAAUUCACCUCUCUUCCCUGAACCCUACAAAGUGUCCAGCAAGGAAGAUAAACUGUCAAGCCGUAUUCAGAGCAUGCUGGGCAAUUACGACGAGAUGAAAGAGCCGAUUGGUGACACACUUCCUAAGCUUGGCGGUAAACCAUCUAACAGCUCGUCUUCCUCCGAGGAGAAAUCGGGCCCACCUCUGUUCGGCGGGGACCAGCGCGGCGUCGGUAGCGGGGGCAGCAGCCAGAGCAGCAAGUGGACCCCCGUUGGCCCCGCAGCGGGCGGAUCUUCGGCCCAGUCCCAGAAGCGCUCGGGACUCCCGGGCGGUCACGCUAGCCAGAGGAGCGGCGGCGGCGGGAGCGGCGGCAGCAGCAGUAGCCAAAGGCACGGCGGCGAGGCGCGGGAGAAGAAGUCGAGCAAACACGGCGGCGUGUCGGAGCACUCAAAGUCGCACACGUCGAGUCCGGCCAAGGGCUCGCUGAGCUCUUCCGGCGGCAGCAACAGCCACCUGCGGGGCUCCUUGUCCGCCGAGCAGCAUCACAGCAAGGAGCGCUACCGCUCCAAGUCCCCGCGAGACCGAGAGGCCAACUGGGACUCUCCCUCCCGGGUUCACACCUCCUUCCCCACUGGACAGCACACGAGUCAGGCCUUUCCGCCCUCUCUCAUGUCCAAGCCCGGCUCCAUGCUGCAGAAGCCCACAGCGUAUGUGCGGCCUAUGGACGGCCAGGAAACAGCGGAACCCAAGAGCUCACAGGCGGAAAGCUACAGCGGACAGUCGCACAGCAGCACCAUGGGAGAGAUGAAGUCCAACAGCAAGGCCUCGCUUUCCAAACUCAAGAUCCCCUCGCAGCCCGUAGAGGGAUCUGGUGACGCCAACUGUGUCGAUGAGAUUCUGAAGGAAAUGACUCAGUCGUGGCCCCCUCCGCUGACAGCCAUCCACACCCCCUGCAAAACAGAGCCCUCCAAGUUUCCAUUCCCCACCAAGGACUCGCACCCUUUCCCAAGUGGCCACAAGCGAGGUAGUUCCUCCAAGAGCUCCAGCAGCCACCAGUCCAAAGCAUGCGAUGACCUGCCCACUGUACUGGAAGAUGACCUGAAGCUCAGCAGCAGCGAGGACAGCGACGGAGAACAGGACUCAGCCAAGAAUGCCUCAAGGAACACUUCAGCGAGCAAUAACAGCGAAGGAGCGGAGCAAUCCAGGGACGACUCGAGCAGCCACAGCGGCUCGGAGAGCAGCUCGGGCUCCGACAGCGAGAGCGAAAGCAGCACGACGGACAGCGAGGCCCCUCGGCACGCCUCACCUGAGCCUGAACAACCCACGACCAACAAGUGGCAGCUAGACAACUGGUUCAAAAGAAAGCAGUUCUCUCCGGCCUCCCCCGUGGACAACAACGUUCCAACCAAGUGCAAGAAGGAGGGCAGGGACAACGGCUCGGGGCGCGGCUACAGCAGCCAGGGAGGGGUUUCGAAAGACUCGGCGGCACCCACCCCGAGCAGGGACCUGCGGGCGGCACAGAAGGGGGCGGAGGGCGGCCGCGGUCGGCAAAAGUCCCCCGCCCAGAGCGAGGGCGGCGCCAAUCCGCGACGGAGCGUGGGCAAGAAACAGCCGAAGAAGUCCGAGAAGCCCCCGGUGGUGGAGGAACCCAAGGGAAACCUGAGGGUGGAGACCCUGACGGCUCCCGAGAUCCCCCCACCCCGGUCGAAGGCCGCCACCAAGGGCUCCCGCAAACCCAGCAUCAAGAAGGAACCCAAAUCCUCUCCGAGACCCACCGCGCCCGCCGUCGCCAAUGCGGAAAAGCGCAAGGCCAAGGCCCAGGCCCCCACCAAGAAGUCGCGGGAGUUUGUCGACACGGACUCCUCGUCGUCGGACUCCGAGGGGAACGACAGCAUCCCGUCGUCGUCGCAGACGCCCAAGUACACGGAGAGCAUCAGGACUCCCGUGUGCGUGUUCUCGCCGAUGGAGGAAAAAGAGCUGCUGUCCCCUCUCAGUGACCCGGAGGAGCGCUACCCUGCAAGGCAGCCGCAGAACCAGGUUUUACUCGUGAAGAUAGAUCUCACACUGCUGUCUAGGAUCCCAGGGCGGCCAUACAAGGAGCCCGCAGAGAUAAAGGUGGAGAGGGACGACUCUCUGGACAGGGAGAGCAAAGACUUUAGCAAACAGAGCUCUGACAAGAGCUCCAGCAAGGCCAAGAGGAAACACAAGAACGAUGAAGAUGGCAUAAAGCCAGAGAUCAAGCGUUGUAAGCUAGAGGAGAAGUCCCUCUCUCAUCAUAAAAACAAAGAGUCCAAGAGGUCGGUGGAGAAGAAAGACGAGCCCGUCCCCUCUCCUUCCAUAUCGGGUCUCCAGCGGACGCCCAAGGCAGAGCACCCGAGUCGAAAGAGGACAGUCAGCCAGUCCUCCACCUCUUUGUCCAGCGGCACAGGAAGUGGGAAGGAGGGAAGCCACGGCACCAAGGGCAACUCCACCUCCAAACACCGGAAAGGGGAGGACAAGGGACGCGGCGCACGCGACGGCAAGGACAAAUCCUCAAAGGGCUGCGAUAACCAGCUGGCUGUGCCUCCGCUCUCCACGGACGGCUCCAAGUCUCAGAGAUCCAAACUGGUGUUUGAGGACAGGGUCCAUUCGGCGGAUCACUACUUGCAAGAGGCCAAGAAACUGAAACACAAUGCAGAUGCACUGUUGGACCGCUUCGAGAAGGCGGUUUACUACCUGGACGCCGUGGUGUCGUUCAUCGAAUGCGGUAACGCUCUGGAGAAGAGCGCUCAAGAAGCAAAGUCUCCCUUCCCCAUGUAUGCUGAAACGGUGGAGCUGAUCAAAUACACUAUGAAGUUAAAAAGCUACCUGGCUCCGGAUGCUACUUCAGCCGACAAGAGGCUGGCGGUGCUCUGCCUUCGAUGCCAGUCUCUGCUCUACCUGCGGUUAUUCAAGCUGAGGAAAGACAGCGCACUAAAGUACUCCAAAACACUCACCGAACACUUAAAGAAUUCUCUGAGUAACACCCAGGCUCCCUCUCCUGGAAUGGGAAACAAGGCGGCGAGCAUGCCCUCUCCGGUGUCUCCCAAGCUGUCGCCAGGCACGGGCGUGGGCUACUCGUCGGUCAUCAGCAGCAGCAGCAGCGCCAGCUCGUCUGUGACCAUACCUCAGCGCAUCCACCAGAUGGCCGCCAGCUACGUCCAGGUCACCUCCAACUUCCUGUACGCCACCGAGGUCUGGGACCAGGCGGAGCAGCUAUCCAAGGAGCAGAAAGAAUUCUUCUUGGAGUUGGACAAGGUGAUGGGACCUCUGAUCUUCAACACCAGCAGCAUGACAGAACUGCUGCGCUACACGCGACAGGGCCUCCACUGGCUGCGCCUGGACGCAAAGCUCGUUCCCUAGCAAGGACCCGUUCCCUGCUUGCUGCUUCCACACGUACACACCCCUCAGCUGCUUGAGUUAAGGAACAUGUGCUCAAAAACAGUCACGCAUGCGCUCACAGACAGACAGACAGACAGACAGACAGACAGACAGACAGACAGACAGACAAACAUGCAAUGAUGUACUGUAUACACACACACACACACACACACACACACACACACACACACACACACACACACACAGGUGAUGAACUUCUCAAACAUAUCUACAACACUGUGUCCAUUUUCUACACCAGCUUGCCAAAAACACUGAGCAAUCCAGAGCAUCUCAGAGCGUGGACAGCACAGGGAGACACAUCCAACUGCAGCACAGGAAGGAAACCACACAAGAGCUCAUCGCCGGGCCUCACGUACCGGCGUUCUUACAAUCUUUGCCAUGUUUUUAUCCAUUUGGCAAUGGAAGCGCUCGCUGGACUAUUUGCUAUGAAAACGCUCAAAAAUGGGGUUUUGGUUGGUUUUUUUUAGGCUACUUUUUGGCUUUUAACUUUUUAUUUCACUUUGUUUCACCAAAGUACCUCCUAUGAACACCAAAGGUGCUUUAAAAUGAAGGUUUCUCUUAUCAUUUUUGUGCCUUGUAUGUGAGUGACAGGAAAACAAACAGCCACACGUCAUAUCUAAAUAAAUUUCCCCCUUUUUUUAUUUCUUCUUUUUUACUUUUAACUAAUUUUAUUCAUUUUUAAAAAUAUUUUAAAGUUAUUGGAAGCUGACAACAUUCAAGUUUUGCAGGUUGAGUUUUAAGUCGUGUUUACACGUUUUAAAGGGAAAGAAGGAGUUGGCCACAAAUGAAGGUACAUUACACCAUCUUUUUAUUUAUCGUUCCUGCAGAGUCUCUGAGGUCUGGCGCUUAAUAUUGGCGCGAGCCCCCAACGCUUGAGGAGGGACCGUAGGAAGGGCUACUGUGCACAGCAGGUUAAUACUUCUGACACGCACAUAUUUAUUGAUGUUCUCUUUAGUCGAUCGGCGUCUUCGGUUUUUAUUUUCCACAAUCGCAAGCUAGUUUCAGCCCUGCUAGAGGGUUGAAUGUUGCUCAAACCGCUGCGUCGUCAGGUUUAACGCGAGGAGGAGCAGCAGCGCGGCCCCCCCUAGACAGACCAGCCUCUUCCUUCCCUCGUAGCGACAUUGUUCAUUGAGAAAUAUCCUCGGGGCAGAGUGACUUCCACACAGUGUUGUUUGUGUUUUGAUCCCUUGUUUGCUCAGAGUGUAUUUUUCUAAAGAACAGCAGGGAGUGUCUUAAGUAUUGAAGAACAGAGGAGCGGGGCCCGAGUGACCACAACAGACGCUAGUUGAUCUGGAAGGAAAUAUUUAGAGAGGCAAACUCAUCAGUGUUGCAUUUAUAGAACAAAGAGUUUUAAAUCUAUCAUAUAUUUCAAAAGUAAGUAUAACGGCCAAUAUAGAUUUUUAUUUAUAUACCACGCAGUUUUUUUCUCCCUCUGUCCUAGCAGAAGUAUAACUCUUCGAAUGCCUUCUUUUAAACAGGGUUGAACCAAGGAUUAUGAGAUGCAAAGUAUUUGUUUGUGUAUGUCAUUAUUUUUUUUCCUAAUUUAAAUUUGAAUCACACUUGUAUUACAAGACGGUAGAUGAAAAACGUGUGACGGCGUAUGCCAGCGGUCCAGGUAUGAGCAUCUCUUAUUUAAAAUGACCUGUCAUCAAGGGAAAUGUAGACGGCGGUGGUUUUUGAAUGAAGAUGUUAACAUGACACCCAAGACGUGUUGGUGUUAAUGUCCAAUGGCAUGAAGGACUGUACUUUUUCUUUGUAAGCUCACUUCCUCCUACAACAUGCUGGAAACACUUAAGCCUGGAUCAAAUGUGAUUCAUGGAAACUAUUAGUUGUUGGUUUUUGUUAAUGGCAGUUUGAAAAAAGGUCUUUUACACUCUGACAUGUUUCUUUGAUUUUUCAAACAUAACUUUGGGGAGUUGUCGCUUCAUCUCCAACUCUUUUCAACUCGAGGUGAAACAAAUCUGUGGCUUUGACUAUGUGACCCAGGUUUGACCCCCUUUUUCUUUUUCUUUUUCUUCUUCCUCUUUUAUUCACUUGCUCCCUGGCCUUAAUUGUAGGAGGGGACAAUGUUAUUUCCUCUGGCACUUGAAAAAAAAAAAAGAGCCAGAGGGGGUAUUAUUUUAAUCUAUGCAGGAUUUUUACAGAAAAAAGGAUCUGUUUCUUUGGGGGGGGAAGAGAAAAAAGUUGGCUUGGGAAUUAGCUUUUUUUCUGUUUUUGCCUCAAUGAGAAACCUGUUGAACUCCAGUGUCCAAUGCCUUUUAGCUUUUGCAAUUUUGUGUACUGGUUUAAGUAUAUAAGUGUAUAUAGAUCUGUUUUUUUAUAACCAAACACCGAUGGCUAUGAGCCAUUUUGUACUUGCAGCUGGAGGCCACUUUUCUCAUAGGGAUUCCUCUGUGGGUUCAGCAGCCCAGUCAUGUCUUCAUACACUGGUACACUUUGAAAGUACAUGUCCGCGCCUUCUUUUCCCCACGCUAUCUUGUAGUCAAAUGUACAAAAUUUAGCAAUUAGAUCAAUUUUUAACAGUUUGCUACACUUAUUUAUUUUUCUGCCCCAUUGCAUAAUAUUUUUUUCUUCUAUUUGCCAUUUUAAGGAGUUCCACUUUAUGAAAUGAGGAAGAUGUAAAUGUUCUGGGGUUGUUCAUGAGAUUUCCUUGUAAGUAGUAAUUAAUAUUAAUUCUAACUUGAAAGAAUCCAGGGUAAGAUGAAUUUUCUUUUUUUCACAUUCAGUAGGAAGAUGUUAACACUUGCAUGUUUCUAUUUAAAUACAACUGUAUAAAUUGUAAAUAUAACAUUUCUUUAAGGGUGAAUUUUACUACAGGUUGACAUUUUUAUUAAAAAUGCUGUAAAUACAUUUUGUGAGAUACUUUAUGCACAUUUUUCCAUCCCUCAGUGGGCUUUUUUUCUUCUUCUUCCAAGCCGUUAAGAGUCCAUCGCAGUCUCUUAACGCUGUAUAUCAGAUUAAUUUCUCAGUCCUUUUCUUACCGUGCUCGUAUUCUUUGUCUUCUGCUUCACUGUCUCCCAGUGUCAUGGUUGCCACAUAAUCAACGUCUCUAGAACCAAGUGUGAAUAUUUUGUCUUCUCUGUAUUUGAUAUGGAGGCGUGUACUUUUCAUGAAAUGUAUAUUGUCGAUCUCAUGGAUGGAUGGAUGAAUGGAUGGAUGGCGUGUACAGUCCGUUAUGUAAAACCACGUCUGUUUCCUCCUCGCGAUCGAGAGGGCGAGAAAUAGAGAGAGAUGUAUUUACUAUGUGUCCCUUUUGAACAAUUGGUCCAACAUGUCUUUUGAAACAGAGGUAUUUCUCUACAGGUCAAAACAGUUGUAGCAGUUUAUACAGUAUGUUGUAUAACAUCAUUUUUCUAAAAGUCGUCUCUAAAGUGAGACCAGCAGCAUACACUAUGUACAAUAGUCUAAAUUGGAUUAGUUUUAAGAGAACUGAUGAUAGAGAUACUAUAUAUGAUGGAUGCAAUAUGAUUAAAGGUACUCUGAGUUUGAUCUUCAAACUUGGGUUUAUGUAAUUUAAAGCAUUCUUGUGAAGUGAGUAUUAAUUGUGACUAAUGAGAGUCUGUCCUGAAUAUUCUUUGUAUUUUGCCGUAUUGAGAAUAAAAUAUAUAUGGAUAUGUUUAA